UAUGGAUAAAGGAGUGCAUAUAGAAUGCUUGGGGGAUCUUGAGGAUGAUUUAUCAACAUUAGAAAAUGGCUGUGGUAUUAUUAAUUUUAAUAUACCUGAUCAGUUGGGUACUGUAUCAAAGAAAACAUCCAACGAAGUUUUUGAUUGUGUAUCGAUGAGAAUUGAAAAUUAUCCUGUUCAAGUUAUAUUACUAACAGGCCAUAAAACAUCAAAAAUUAGCUCCAAAUUAGUUAGUUUAAUACCUCCAUUAAAUUCAACUUGUCAUUUACUGUCGAAAGGCAAUGAUGAAGUUGAAAAUAAAAUUACUAAAGUUACCUAUAAAUUGAAAUUUGGUAAUGGAGAGAAAGACUGUACGUUUAUUGUUGAAGAUAUGGACAAGGAUGAUGCUAUACUUGGAUGGGAUAUUCUUGACGAGUUAGGGGCUCAAUUCGACUUUGGACAAUCAGUUGUAAGGUUAUUCUUGGAUCGUAAAUGUUUCGUUCUUCCGUUAAUGAAUAAAAAGAGCGUUCCAAAGCUAACUGAUGUUUUAACAGAGAAAUCUAUCAGUCUAGGUCCAGAAGAAAGAUGCAUUUUCUUCUUUUCGUGUCCACCCGUACCGCUUGGAACGAAAGAGGUUAUUUUUGACGCGAGGGAUGAAAUUCAAGGUUCUCCAGGCUUAGACGCUCUGAGUUCAGUAGUUAAAAUAAGCAAUGGUAAAAUAGGGAUUCUCAUGGUAAAUUCUAAAUGGCGCAAAAUUACCAUUAAUGAAGGUGAGAUUAUAGGAGAAAUUCGUCUGCUGCCAAAAAAACAAUCACCUAAAAGAAGUUUUCAUUCGAAAAUUAAUCUACCUAAAUACUAUGUUAAACAGUCAGAGUAUGCAACAGACGGUGCCAAAGUAUCAGUUACUACCAGUACUAUCAAUGAGCUUGUUGACAGUAUUCUGCAAGACCAAGUUGAGGAUUUGCAGAGGAAAAGAAGAAAAUUAGAGAGUGAUCGUAAAAGACUGCUAUAUGAAGAAAGGACAUUGAAUGAAAAAGAAGAAAAGAUUACUUGUUUUAAAAAUGCAAUGAGUAAUUGUCGAUUAGACGUUCACCGAUCAGAGCCUAUUUAA